CUGUUACGCUAGCUAUCGAUCGACCAGUGUGCAAUUAAUGGAGGACCACUAGCUUGCUUUGCAUCGCAUCGCAUGCAGUGCAGUGCAGCAGCUGAUCGAUCAUGGAGGAGGAGCGAGCUACCUAGAUAUAUAGAUCAUCACCCACAAUUAAUGUGCUCGAUGCGACCCAGCAACAACCGCCGCGCCAUUGUUGCAUCCACCCACGCACAGAUCAUGAUCGAUAGAUAUAAGCUAGCAAGCGCACAGUCGAUCGAUCGAGGUCUCUGCUGCCAAGGUACAUCUCUCUCACUCACUCUCUCUUCUGCAGUUCGGAUUGCCUCUUCCAUGGAGAGUGCUCGAGCUCCAGCCAUGGCGAUGGCGGCGGCGAUGCUCGCCGCCGUUGUUCUGGCUCAGGCGCCAGCGGCCGGAGCGACGAUCUACACAGUGGGAGCGCCGGAUGGGCUGUGGGAUAUGGAGACCGACUACAACGAGUGGGUCGGCCGCCGGAGCUUCCACCCCGGCGACAAGCUCACGUUCACGUACUCGAAGGAGCUGCACGACGUGGUGGAGGUGACGAAGGCUGGGUACGACGCCUGCUCCAACGCCAACAACAUCUCCGCCUUCCGCUCCGGCAACGACGUCGUCGCCCUCUCCGCCGUCGGCACCCGCUACUUCCUCUGCGGCCUCACCGGACACUGCGACAGCGGCAUGAAGAUCCGCAUCGACGUCGUCGCCGCCGCUGGCGCUCCCGGCCCAGUCGCCGGCGGUCCCGGCGCCGCGCCUCCGCUGCCGUCGACGUCGUCGUCGACGCCGUCGCCGUCGGCGGCCGCCGCCGCCGCCGGAAGCCUAGUUCUUGUGCUCGUGUAUGGUCUCCUGCCAUUAUGGUAGUAGCUAGACGUGUAAUUUAAUUGAUUUCCUAGUUUGUGUAUAUUUUUGUACCGUAAUUAAGUACGUAUGAUUUGAUUUAGUUUGUACUUGAUGUGGUUUUGUUUGGGUAUUUAUUUAGAUUUUAGAGCUUCAUGUCUCCUAACUUAAUUAGGUUUCAUUUGAGCGAAGUUUACAUGGAGAGGAAUAUUGUUAAUUCUUCUAUA